CGGCCGCGGCGCACCAAGCCCGGGGCACUCGAGCGCACACCCGGGCGGGCCGCAGCGGGGAGGUGCGGAGCGCAGCACCGGCGGCAGCGGGAGCCAGCCGCCGCCCCUGCGCUUCGGGGCUGCGGAGCGCAUGGGGCGCGUGGAGCCAGGAACGCUUGCGGGCUGCGCACCCGGCCGCCUGCUGCGGUGAGACACGGCGCCGGACGCCCCCAGAGUCCGGGCAGUCGGGAGGAUGACCAUGGCUGGCGGCCGGCGAGGACUGGUGGCCCCGCAGAACACGUUUCUGGAGAACAUCGUGCGGCGGUCCAACGACACUAAUUUUGUGUUGGGGAAUGCCCAGAUAGUGGACUGGCCCAUCGUGUACAGCAAUGAUGGAUUCUGCAAGCUGUCUGGCUACCACCGGGCGGAAGUGAUGCAGAAAAGCAGUGCCUGCAGUUUUAUGUAUGGAGAGCUGACUGACAAGGACACAGUUGAAAAGGUUCGCCAGACCUUUGAGAACUACGAGAUGAAUUCCUUCGAAAUUCUGAUGUACAAGAAGAACAGGACACCUGUGUGGUUUUUUGUGAAGAUCGCUCCGAUCAGGAACGAACAGGAUAAAGUGGUCCUGUUCCUUUGCACUUUCAGCGACAUAACCGCAUUCAAGCAGCCCAUCGAGGAUGACUCCUGCAAAGGUUGGGGGAAGUUUGCCCGACUGACCAGAGCUCUGACAAGCAGCAGGGGAGUCCUGCAGCAGCUGGCCCCCAGUGUACAGAAGGGGGAGAAUGUUCACAAGCACUCGCGCCUGGCAGAGGUCCUGCAGCUGGGUUCAGACAUCCUUCCCCAGUACAAGCAAGAGGCGCCAAAGACACCCCCUCACAUCAUCCUACACUACUGUGUCUUUAAGACCACGUGGGAUUGGAUCAUCUUGAUCCUGACCUUCUACACAGCCAUCCUGGUCCCUUACAACGUCUCCUUUAAAACCAGGCAGAAUAAUGUGGCCUGGCUGGUGGUGGACAGCAUCGUGGAUGUCAUCUUUUUGGUGGACAUUGUUUUGAAUUUUCACACCACCUUUGUCGGGCCAGCGGGGGAAGUGAUAUCUGACCCCAAACUUAUCCGCAUGAACUACCUGAAGACAUGGUUCGUGAUUGACCUUCUGUCCUGCUUGCCGUAUGACGUCAUCAACGCUUUUGAGAACGUGGAUGAGGUUAGUGCCUUUAUGGGUGAUCCAGGGAAGAUUGGUUUUGCUGAUCAGAUCCCACCACCACUGGAGGGGAGAGAGAGUCAGGGCAUCAGCAGCCUGUUCAGUUCUCUGAAAGUUGUGCGGCUGCUCCGUCUCGGGCGAGUGGCCCGCAAGCUGGAUCAUUACAUCGAGUAUGGAGCCGCUGUACUGGUCCUGUUGGUGUGUGUGUUUGGGCUGGCUGCCCACUGGAUGGCCUGCAUCUGGUACAGCAUUGGAGACUAUGAGAUCUUUGAUGAAGACACCAAGACCAUCCGCAACAACAGCUGGCUCUACCAACUGGCAUUGGACAUCGGCACUCCAUACCAGUUUAAUGGGUCUGGUUCAGGGAAGUGGGAAGGUGGGCCAAGCAAGAACUCUGUCUACAUCUCCUCGUUGUACUUCACCAUGACAAGUCUCACCAGUGUGGGCUUUGGUAACAUUGCCCCAUCCACAGACAUCGAGAAGAUCUUCGCAGUGGCCAUCAUGAUGAUUGGCUCUCUUCUGUAUGCCACCAUCUUUGGGAACGUGACAACCAUUUUCCAGCAGAUGUAUGCCAACACCAACAGGUACCACGAGAUGCUCAACAGUGUCCGGGAUUUCCUGAAGCUCUACCAGGUUCCCAAAGGGCUGAGCGAGCGGGUCAUGGACUACAUUGUGUCCACCUGGUCCAUGUCCCGAGGCAUCGACACAGAGAAGGUCCUGCAGAUCUGCCCCAAGGACAUGCGAGCCGACAUUUGCGUGCACCUGAACCGCAAAGUGUUCAAAGAACACCCUGCCUUCCGAUUGGCCAGCGAUGGCUGCCUGCGGGCCUUGGCCAUGGAGUUCCAGACAGUGCACUGUGCCCCAGGGGACCUCAUCUACCAUGCUGGAGAGAGUGUGGACAGCCUCUGCUUCGUGGUCUCAGGCUCCCUGGAGGUGAUCCAGGAUGACGAGGUGGUGGCCAUCCUAGGGAAAGGAGACGUGUUUGGGGAUGUUUUCUGGAAGGAGGCUACCCUUGCACAGUCCUGUGCUAAUGUCCGGGCCUUGACCUACUGUGACCUGCACGUGAUCAAGAGGGACGCCCUUCAGAAAGUGCUAGAAUUCUACACAGCCUUCUCCCACUCCUUCUCCCGGAACCUGAUUCUCACCUACAACCUGAGGAAGAGGAUUGUGUUCCGGAAGAUCAGCGACGUGAAACGAGAAGAGGAGGAGAGGAUGAAACGGAAGAACGAGGCCCCCCUUAUCCUGCCUCCUGACCACCCCGUCAGAAGACUCUUCCAAAGGUUCCGCCAGCAGAAAGAAGCCAGGCUGGCAGCUGAGAGAGGGGGCCGGGACCUGGAUGACCUGGAUGUAGAAAAGGGCAAUGCCCUCACCGACCAUACCUCAGCCAACCACAGCCUGGUGAAGGCCAGUGUGGUCACGGUGCGUGAGAGCCCCGCCACGCCUGUGUCCUUCCAGGCGGCCACCACCUCCACCGUGUCAGACCAUGCCAAGCUGCAUGCCCCUGGAUCUGAGUGCCUAGGUCCCAAGGCAGUCAGCUGUGACCCUGCGAAGCGCAAAGGCUGGGCCCGCUUCAAAGAUGCCUGUGGAAAGGGUGAGGAUUGGAACAAGGUGUCCAAGGCAGAGUCCAUGGAGACGCUGCCCGAGAGGACAAAGGCACCGGGUGAGGCCACGCUGAAGAAGACAGACUCCUGUGACAGUGGAAUCACCAAGAGCGACCUGCGCUUGGACAAUGUGGGUGAGGCCAGGAGUCCCCAGGACCGGAGCCCCAUCUUGGCUGAGGUCAAGCAUUCUUUCUACCCCAUCCCCGAGCAGACGCUGCAGGCCACAGUGCUGGAGGUGAAAUAUGAGCUGAAGGAGGAUAUCAAGGCCUUGAAUGCCAAAAUGACCUCCAUUGAGAAGCAGCUGUCUGAGAUACUCAGGAUACUAAUGUCCAGAGGGUCUGCCCAAUCUCCUCAGGAGACGGGUGAGACCUCCAGGCCUCAGUCCCCAGAGUCAGACAGAGACAUUUUUGGAGCAAGCUGAGAGGAUCAUUUCAAAACACACAAACAAACAAACAAACAAACAAAAAAUCAAAGACAAAAGCCAGUCUCCUCACCCUGCCCCUGACACUACCCACAACACCAAACACAUGACCAACAACUUUCAUACUGGGCUUUUUCUGACAAGAAGUCAAAGUCAGACCAAGUGGCUUAGGUGUGCCUACAUGGUCUCUGGAAAACAUAAGAGGGAACAUGGCCAGGCACCCCACCCUGCAAGAUGGCAGCUGUGUCAGAACAGCCACUGACAGUUGUUGAAGAAGGGGCAUGCUCUCCAUCUAAAGAGCAUUUCCUCUAACGUGUUUUACGGAUGUGAUAUUUACAGGGCAGCGGCCAUGUAGAGACUGGUGGGAGAGCCCUGAGAACCUCUCAGAAAUAGAACACACUGGGCUUCUUUACCAAGACCCCUGAAGACCACCACAGGCACAGGGACUUCUGGGUAUUCACCACCCCCAUGUAGCUGUGUCUGACAUCACCACCUGUUUUUCUACUUUCAUCAUUUGUAACAAGCUCGUGAUAAGGGGAGCUUGAUGGACUGGAGAGACUUUCUGCUCUGACAGUAGAGGUGGAGCAUCAGGUGCUGUGCCAUGGACACACGGGCUGGGCCCCUCAGGUUUCCUUGCCCAGAAGAGGUGAGGCAAGAGUAGGGGCUGGAGCAGGCCCUUGGCUCCGAGUGGGAUCUUGUUGCAUGGUCCACAGCCUGCUCUUGUGGACAGUUGACGUGGAAGCUCCAGACCCCAGGGGACCCUCUGGAGCCGCACCAUCUUACAGGCCUCAUGACACAUGAGCUUCUCUCCUUCUCCCUCGACUGACCUUUUUCCAGGCUUGUCUAUGGCUUUCCUCAGGGUGUAGGGCACCGACAGGAAGGGGCAGGCACCCAGCAUUGUUUUCCUAACAAAGCAGAUACACAUACAACCUCAAAAAAAAAAAAAAUGAUUGUAGCAAGUACUAGGUUUCUCCUUUGAGUCUCAUGGGGAUUUCUGUCCAGUGCAUGGGGUCAUUAGAGGACACAUGGGAGCCACACUUAGCCUUAUUUGAAAGCCAACCUAUUUCCUACACUAAAAAUAAUGGCAGGACCAUGAAGCACUGGUUUUCAAAAUAUCUCAGUAACAAGCUGGGGUGGGGGGAGGUGACGGCAGAACUGUAGUCUUGGGGAAGGUGGGGGCUCAGAGACAUGGUCCCAGGGCCAUCUCUGUGUCAUCCAAAUUCCCACAUCGUGGUGCUCAGGGACACUCGCUGCCUUGAUCACUUGAGGACAUGUUGUUUGGUGUUCUUUCAAUGGCAUCAGACAGGACAGAGGAGCUGGCUCAGGUGCACACCUGGAGAGAUGUCAGGGGCAGAACUCUGCCAGUGAGCUUGGAAACUCAGCUCUGCAGUCAGGACAGCAAGCGACACAGGCACCUCUGCUUAACAUUGCUUGGCUGUUGUGAUUCAGAAUGUCAGCCUCUCUCGGGAGCCUGACAUUGGAAACCUGCCCUACCAAAGACGCUGUUCUGAUUGGUGACCAUGGCACUUGCUGGGACUUGAUGCAUGGCUGUCUGUACAGGCUGGAUAGCCCUGGGAAGUCAAGGGUGUACACACAUGAAGCUUUCUGGAACUCGCUGGGAUUUAAGGACCCUCAGAGCAGAGGCCCCAUUGGUCCUUGACUGAACUCUGUCUGAGGUGGCGGUGCAGCCAAGCUCAUCCUUGUGACAGGAGACAGAUAAAGCUUCAGGCUACUCUCUGGGGUCGAUGCACAGGCUGAAGUCCCAUUAGAUGGAGGUCCACACCCUGCAAGGGGUGUCUCUGGGGUACUAGGCGUCUAGGGCUUCAGUUCCUGCAGGGGAUAGUGAAGAACACCUGACAGUGGCUUUUAGCUUUCCCCAUUUCUACAGUGGUUUUGCUAGGAUUGCCUUCUCUGAAACAAAUUUUCAAUGAGCCAACCCAUGUCUCUUUACAGUCAUGGCAUGCACUGGACUGGAGGCAAGUUCUGAGCAAGGACCACAGGGCACAGAUACCCACAGCCUGCACCUUCCUGCUUUAGCAGUUAUCUGGUGGCUAGGGAGAGACUGGGAAACAAAAUUUGCCAUGUGCAGACUGAACACCAAAAUUUCAGACAAAUUUAGAUCCUUUUGGGGGGGAGUGGGGGACAGCAAACACACGAUGUGGUGCACUGCUGUCUAGUAAGUGCUGGCCACUUGGUCUCUCUAAAUGAGCUACUGUGAAUGCCAGCCAUAGUGAAGUACAAUUUCCCAGUGGCCAUCCUGACAAGAGACUUGGAUGGAUUGCUCUCUUCCUGAAGGUGUGCAGUAGUGUGGGUAUCAGAACCAAAAUGGCAGUAGAUGUUCUGGCUUUGGUGAGUAUGCUUGCCUCGUCAGCCAUGUCAUCCCAGGGCAAUGGCAAGGCUCCUCCAUGGGGCAUGUGGCAGCUUUUGCAUUGCUAUGAUCUUGGCAUGGCCAACCCCGAUUCUCUGCUUACUGCUGGAGCGGGGCUCAAGUGUUUUGACUCCCAUGCCUGUUGUAGCAGCUUCCUGCCACACUUGGCUUUGUUUUUGGUGCUGGAGGUCAAAGUUAGGCCCUUGCUUAUGCUAGGGAAGAGCUCUGCCAUUGAAUGGUACCUCUGGCUCUCCAGCAAGCUAUGGAUACACAUUUCUCGCUUUGAUUUCUUGUUAUCUGGUUCCUAGGCCCUGUUUUAGCCUCUACCUCUUAGAGUGCCUGCUGCUUCAACAGCAAGGAUGGUCGGGCACGGGGUAGAAACACAGUACCACCCCACCACCCUCUGGCUUCAGUCUCUGAAUCCUUCAGUGGAAGGAGAGAAUGUUAAGCCAAAUGCUAGGUGUGUCCAAGUUGGAACAGGGCCUGAGUGAACUCUUCAGAAAUACCAGUCAGAGGCAGACAGACCUUCAUCUCUGUGUGACACUGACAUCUCACAGGUACACUCCAGGGCCUCUCGGGAACCCUGGUGAAGGUACAAAUCAUAGAUGUGCACACAACUAAUUGUAUUUUGUUUUGCCAUAAAGCUGUUUAGCCUUAAGACCCUUGAGUGGAAGUCCAGCUGCCAUUGAGGUGUUGGUACACCUUUUUACCCCAUCUUGUGUGGCUUAGAAAAGAGGCCUGCCUAGGUUUGCUCUGGCCCUCAGAUGCCCUCUUCUCCCUAAAUGUCCCUGUCGUUGUUGCUGCUUCAUGUACUGCCUUCUUUCUAGCUUCAAUAAAAACUAUCUUCACCAGCUCCUGUGCCCUCCACCUGGAAGAGUCCUCAGAGUCCUUGAAGCACCGACCCUAAGCUUCCAAAAGAGAACCAUUUUACAUCCAAGGUGUUGGUGUGGAGACACGUUGCCACCUCUCACACAGUUCAAAGGAAUCAAUGUGAAUUUACCUGAAGCUUAAGUGAGUCUCAAGUGAACCGUCAGUCUUCACACUAGUGUAUCAGAACCUUUAAAGAAGGUCUUGAAUUCCUGCAGGUGCCAGACCUGGUGGGGGCAUCUCCACCUGCCACUUGACCUUCCUUAGAGCUACUGACUCUUUAUACCUGUGACUUCUGAGUCAUCCCAUCGACCUAUUAGUCCUUGAGAAGUUCACAGCUCAACUUUCAGAAGUCAGACUGCUUCUUGGUAAGAAAUCAGCACCCCCACCCCCACCCCAAUGAAUGUAGCCUCUUAAUAUUCAGACACUGUAUUUCAGCAUCAGUUGGAGACUGUCCACCAUCCAAGUUGCAAGGACAUUUAUACUCAUGAGCAGUUCGUCAUCCUGAGGCUUCUCAUACAAACAUUCUCCACCAAAUCCUGCCAAAUCCUUUAUUGGGUUUUCUGUUGUUGUUGUUUCUUUUUCCUCUGUCCGAAUGAGCAUGAAUAAACAGGUGCAAAUGAGCUGAGGCUAUUUUUGUGGUCAGCUGAGGAUGCUGCCAAGAGCUCCCCUGUGUGGCUGUGCGGAUGUGGAGAACAUGUGGGCACUCCAUGGAUGAUACCCCCUUUCUUGACAUUUUUAAACAAGCACAACUGAUAUUUGUAAAAAAAAAAAAAGUUUAAUUUUAUUUAUUAUGGUAAUAAACUAUUUUAUAUGUGA